UCGUAUUGAAAUACAACGGCAAGGAGGUAAUUAUGAAUGCUCGACUGAUGAUCAAUUAUGAGUGACACGUAUAGAGACAGUUGAAGUUCUUGGCAGGUGAUCAAAAUGAGUGAUUGUACCACCAGUGUUGUAAUUGAGUUUAAUGUGUCCGAUUUUUUAUCUCCAUCCCAAACGUAUCUGUCCAAACAAUCUUCAUCUAAAACAAAUAACCAACCACAAGGAUAUUCUGCAAGAAUUGUAGGUAAUUCCCAUACAGAUGAAACCUUCCUCUGCAAGCAAGUAAGGAAGUUGACUGUAGAAUCCAGUGUCAGUUCUCCUUCUUAUGACAAGCUCAUUGACAUAACAGAAGGUGAAGCUGACAAUGAACAGUCAUAUUCAAGUAAUGAGAAACUAAAAGAUACUCCACAGAGUAGAUGUGAGGAGGAAAAAACAAAUAACAAACAGUUACCAUCAUGCGAUAUUAGUUUACAGGAUUCUAUGAUUUUCUCUGAUCAAUCUCUGAACAUUGGUGUUUGGUAUAGAAAAGAAGAAAUUCGCCGAGGUUCUACAAAUUCUAGUGAGGCCAACCAUAAUGUGGGGAAGAGUGGUUCUUGGAGCCCAUCAAUGAUUGGUGGAGAAGAAGAGCUUCUAGAGAACGAAACGUUUGACUUCAAUAUCUCUGUUACAUCACCUUGUUCAUUCGGAAUUGGUGAAGAUGACGUUUUUCAAGAGUUGAAUACACAGACACAUGAGAAGACAUUUUCAAAGGAAGAUAAAGUAUCCAUUAACAAGUUAGAUUCGUCUAAGCUCUCAGAUGUCCCUGACAUCUGGCAUUCUCUCUCUCGUGAGGACAUGGUUAAAGUAAGAAAUGAGGCAUCCGAUGUUAUUCGUCGUUUGGCUGUCAAUGAAGAUGGUGAACAGGAAUUAAAUACUAAGCAGGAAAAAGAAGCUAGUAGUGUAGGCUGUAAUAUUUCACCAGUCUAUACAUGUAUUUACCCAAACAAACAACUGAAACCUACGAGUGAAAGUCUGGGGGUUCGUCGAAGAUCCAGAUCAAUUGCUUUACAAACAGAUGACACAAACUUGUAUCUAAAUUUUAAAGAGGAAGCCUCACGAACCACUAAAUUCAAGUUAAAAAGUGUAAACUCUACAGUGGAUGUUUUUAGUCAGACUGAAUAUAUGGACGACAAAGAAAAUUAUUCUGAUAAAGUCAAUGAAAGCUUGCAUGAAUCAAACCAAUUGCUUGAACAUACACUGCCAACUUGUUCUCCACAAGAGACUACAAACAAGAAAUCUACUACUGUUAUCAGAAAAGGAACCUACACACUGAAAUCAAGUCCAUUAACAGCUGAAAUUGUUCGAGAAAAAUGUCGAGCCAAAAAGAAAAAGACCAACAGUCAGGUAGUUAAGAGUUGUGAUUUAGACAGAGAAGGUGUGUCAGUUCCAUCAGAUGCACAUGCUAGUACAGCCACUCCACCAUUAGAUAAAAUAAGUGUUAGAUCUAAAGUUACCUGUCUUAAGAGCAGUACACCAGUUGGUAGAACAGCUAGUACCAGUGCUACUUUGUCAAGUAGAAAAGCUGUAUCUGUAUCCAGCCAGCCUCCAAUUGGUUCAACGGUUCCCUCAAAAACAGGACAGAGGUGUACUCCAUCUUUCAACAGCUCUCAAGGUUCCAGCCAAAACAGUUCCGUUAUAAAGCGAGAAAACUUCUCAAAGUUAUCACUUAACCAUUCAAGGCCCUCUUUGCAAAAGACUGGAAUUGAUACCUCUGUGAACAGUUCUGGGGGAUCUUCUAAAAACACACCCAAGUCAAGAAAAAAUGUUUCCACUUGUAUCAAGGUGGGAGCUGUAGCAACAUCAGGUUUAAGGCCUCCAAGUGGGAGCACAAGUUCUCAUACAAGACAGCGUAGCAAUUCUGGGUCUUCCCUAUCAUCCAAGUCCAGCACUUCGUCUAUCUCUAGCAAGUCAAAACUGCCCAGAACAACACUUUCAGUGGAAAACUUAUCCACGAGUCAAAUUCAAGCACAAACUCAGCUCACCAGAUCUACUAAGACUACUAGCAGUCUGAAAAGAUCCGAGCUGAAACGACCAAUAUGUGGAACAAACAAAAACUCCAACCAGCCAGCUGCAACUAAACCUAGUGCACUGAAAGCCCAUGCAACAAUAAAGCAUGGCCCUUUGAAAGAAUCACCAUCACAGAUGAUUAAGCCAGUAGCACAGGGAGUUAGCAAGAUACGAAACAGUAGUGAUCCUAACCAAAAAGCUAAUAGUCCUCAAGGAGCUGUAAUGAAGGUUCAACGAGCUAACAGCUUUACCAGUUCUGGCCUUCUUACUCAGUCUCGAAGGGUGUUAAAUACAUCUAUAUCUACCCCUACAUUGACGUCAACUCCAAACAAACCAGAGUUCUCUUCAAAUUCUUCCAAUCAAACAACACCAGUCAGCAGUAAAAAAGGAAAACUUUGGAGAGGUCGUUCAGGAAUUACCUCCCAAUCUCAACUUAAACACACAAAAACAUCAAAUACUUAGUGAAGUUCGAUAGUGAGACAAGGCAACCAUGGGUACAUAUCAUUACUAUAUGAUUUAUUGUACUUACUUGAAAACAAUAGAAGUGCUAUAAAUGAAACAUUGUAAAUUUUCUUUUCCUUUUUCUCAAUAUUUACGAUAGUUAUUUUACAUUUCAUAAACUGACUGACACUAAAAUACAAAUAAAGUUUAUCUCACUUCUAGCUUCUUUGUAACAUCAGUAUAUUUCAAAGAUUUUGUAUAUUUCAAUAUAUUUUUAUGAAGUCACUUAAUUUGGAAUAUGGGAUAUUAAAGAAGAAAUAUUUAAACUUUUUAAAUAGUCUAGUUUGUGAAAAUUGUCAUUAUAUUUUACUUGUGAUGUAUUAAGUCACACGGGCUUGCAAAAUGUGGUGUAUUGUUUGAAAUUCAGAAUCUCAUUUUGUUCAAAAUGGUUGGUGCUCAGAUUUUAAACUAAAAUUGUCUAAUUAUACACCUUGUUGAUUUCAAAGGAUGCUCAAAUUAUGAUUAUGUAUACAUCGUGAAAUUUCGAUUUGUAAUUUUAACAGAAGAUAAAUAUUCAGAUUCAGUUUCAUAAUUUUAAUUCCUACUUAUAGUUUACUGUUUAUGUAUCUUCUGGAUUUUAACUUUGAUAUUUUGGAUUUAUUAGAUAUGGAUACUGUCUUCAUAUGUGAGAGUAAAUCUGAAAAAAUGAUGAUUUAGGCAUCAUUUAAUAUGUAAAGUUUUCUGUCAUCAAGGUACUGAAACUUAAGAAUUGGAGAAAAAUUAUUUGAUGAAGCAUUAUAUUCUAAAUCUAAAUUGUAUUUAAAAAAUUCCUGAUGAAGGCAAAUUCUAGUAAUUAAAUAAUCAACAGUGUAAGAAAACUAAACUGUUCCUUUGUUGUAUGUUGGAAACACAAUAUUAUGUUCCUCCAAAAUACAAAUUGUAUUAAGACUUUGCUCUUUCAGUUGUAAUAUUUUAUGCAGAUGUGAAGUUUUCCUUUCAAAGUUGUCAAAAAUGUUUUGAACUUUAGUAUUAUUCUUAGAUUAUUUCUCGUAACUUGGUGAAGGGACCUUUGCUCUUUAGAUAUUAAAAUCUGAACGUGAAACAAAUUAUUUUUCUUAAAUUUUCAUUUUGUAAGCAUUCUGCUUGAAAAUCAAUUGAAAUUUCUUCUCUUCCAAAUAAUAGCUAAUUUUCAAAAAUAUUGCUUAAGAUUUACAAAGAUGAAUGGUGUUGACAUUUACUACUGAAGUAUAAAGUCCUUCAUUUCAUGCAAAUUAAUUUUUCAAAAAUCUGUUGUUCAAUUUUGUAUAAAACAAUUUCAGUAUUUGAGGUAUGGUCCAAAUAAAGAAGAUGUAUAUAAUUUACAAUAAUUUUAGUUGUACAUUUGUGGUUUAACAUAAAUUUGAAUUUUGUACACAGUAAAUAUCAACUACAAAUACAAGGAACUUUGAUGUUAUC